GAAUGAGUGAGCGCCGGUCAUCGAUAAGAACGACGCGCAUUAUCUUGCUGUCGACGCCGCGGUUCUGAGAAUUCUGGAUAUACCCAAAUCUUUAUUUCAAGAUGCUGCUCCAGGGACUAUCGCGCCUGCCGUGGCCGUUGAGAUGCGUACUUUUCGCCGCCGUUGCCACUGCCACCAUUUCGCCCUCGAACAGCUCGACAGCAAAUGCACGAUUCCAGGGAACGAUACCGUUGAGACUUUCGGGGGAUGCGAACCAGAUCGCAGGGUUGAUUCCAUUGACCAGGCAAGCGGCGUCGCAAAAUAUUGACGGCAAUCUUUACGUUACCAACUUUUCAAGCGUCGCAAAUAUAUCCGAUAGCGAGAUUGCCUACAUCAGCUGCAAUCCAAACGACUACCCCGGGAAUGUGGAUGCGCAGAGAGUGUUCGACGAUGCGUACCAAAAUGCGAAGAUAUCCGGGGUCAUUCUGUAUAGCACGGAUACCGACUAUUGCAAUUACGAGCAGGCUACAGGACAGGCUUCGAUGCAGGGCUUCCCCAUACUAUCCAUGACCAGUAAACAAGAUUCGGCCACGGUGUUGGAUUCGGCAGUCAACUCGCCACCACAAAUGAAGUACUUUGUCCAAGUGCAAGCCAACAGUGCGAGUAGCAGUGCCUUCGGCAGCCAGCAGAAUCCCCUGGGUCCGACGCCGUCCACGGCUGUGGCUAUGAUCAUCUUGUACGCUAUUACGGGGUGUAUUACCGGGUUGUUCCUGAUUAUCAUCAUCACUGGCGCGAUCAGAGCUCAUCGCCAUCCAGAGCGAUAUGGACCACGAAAUGUACUAGGACGACCAAGGCAGAGUCGGGCGAGAGGUCUAGGACGAGCUAUCCUCGACACGAUUCCGAUUGUGAAGUUUGGCGAGAAAGAACCAGAGAAGCCGACGGACGUUGAAUUGGGAUCUGGGUCGGAGACAAGAGACGUGGAUGGCGGGACUGGUGUACCAACAACCACAGAAGUCGCAGAACCAACAAAAACAGAGGGUACACCUACAGUCGCUGCAACCGCACCCAACACAUCACCCACUGCUACCGAACACGCCUCAGGUAUCGCGCCAGCACAAUCUUUAGCAGAGGGAGUAGGAGCAGCAAAAAACAUCGACACAAACAACAACGAAGACUCAAGCCUCGGCUGCUCCAUCUGCACCGAAGACUUCGAGAACGGCCAGGACAUCCGCGUCCUCCCCUGCGACCACAAAUUCCAUCCCGACUGCGUCGACCCCUGGCUACUAAACGUCUCAGGCACAUGUCCCCUAUGCCGCGUAGACCUCCGCCCCGUCACCUCGCGCGACUCCACAUCCACCGACCCCGACGCCGCCGCCCUCGCCCCCCCACUCAACCCGGACCCAGAAUCCACCUCCUCGCGCCGCCGCAGCGCGUUCCGCGACAUCCUCUCCCUGCGCCAGCGCCCCAACGCCUCGGCCGAGGAACGCAUUUCCGCGCUGCGCCGUCUACGCGAACAACGCGUUGCGAAUGCCAGCACGGAUGACGUGGGGCGGAAUCGCAGGAGUAGGCGUAUGAGUGCGCGGCUGGGCGAUGUGUUUAGCGGCCGCACGAGGAGGGUUAGUCCGGGUCGCCUGCCACCACCACAACAGCAGCAGCAGAGGGAUGGGGAGACUGGUGUGAGUGAACAGCGCGAGUAGGGUGUAUGCAUGGCUUAUGAUUUUGUGAUGUUAUGAUCUUGGUUUGACUUUUGGCAUGGCGUUUGGAUAUGCGCAUCGUACUGCGUUUUGGGGAUACCAUUUAGCUUCGGCUCUUGGGGGAUGGGAAAGGUUGCCGCGUUUAUGGAGAGGAUAUGUUGUAUGAAUUUGUAU